AUGGCUGCUCGAGCCAAAUUGGCAGAGCUUCGAGCUUUGCGCGCUGCAGGCAAGACGCGCCUUUCCACAUAUGAGGUCGCUGAAGAGGAGCAACUGUAUGACGAAGUUGACGAAGAGGGUUACAAAAAGGUCGUGAGAAAUCGAUUGGAUCAGGACGACUUCAUUGUAGACGACAACGGUGAAGGCUAUGCCGACGACGGUAGAGAAGAGUGGGAUGGCGAACACUCCGGCUACCGGUACGCAGAGUCGGAAAGCGAGGAAGAUGAGCGGACUACCAAAGGAAAAACCUCAAAACGGAAACGCGAAGAGGACAAGGAGAAGCAGGAAAAGAUCAACAACGGCAUUAGCAAGUAUUUCAACAGCAAAGCCGCAGUGAAGGCCCCCAAGCCAAAGCCUGUUGUCACUGCAGAAGACGAUGCCUUCAUGGCCGAUCUGCUCGGUGAAGUCGACACCAAUCUCCCACGCCGCCCCGCCCCUCGACCGAUAAAGACGGAGACAAGAAGGAAGACACGCGUUCUAUCUCCACCCGUUUCAGAGAAUCGUCCCGCCUCCACGAAGAAACAGCAAAUUGACUCGGAUUCGUACAUGCCCGAUACCCCACCAGCAGACGACAGAUUUGCAGAUGACGAUGGCUUUCUCCCCACAGCUGACGAUGAUGUGCCUAUGAGCGAUCCCCUGCCAUCAUCACCAGUCGCAAAAGCUGUAGAGAGAAAAGCGCAACCGACAAUCAAGGAAGAGGAGGAAGAAGAGGAUCUCAUGGAGGUUGCUCAGCCAAUCGGACAGGCUGGGAUUAAGCUUACCAGCGUGAACAUGGCUGGAAGACGUCCAGUCCCUAAGAUCAAGAAGCAGGACUACCCGACUCCGGCUACUUCGUCACCAGCUGGACCCGCGGUAGCAUCAGCCAUUGAUGCAUCUUCAUGGAACGACGUAACGAGCAAACUUAAUGUCACCAGUAGCCCCGCCCCAGCGACUACAGGUGUUGGCAAGCUCAAGCCUGAGGCAGCAUUGGAAGAAGAUGGCAGUCUGCGCUUUUUCUGGACCGACUAUACCGAGAUCAACGGGAGUUUAUGUUUGUUCGGAAAGGUUAAGGACAAGCAGACAGGUGCUUAUGCUAGUACUUUUGUCAAAGUCGACAACAUCCUUCGCAAACUGUACUUCCUUCCUCGGGAACACCGCGUGAAGCACGGACGAACUACCGACGAGGAGGUGGAUAUGGGCGAUUUGUCUGAUGAAGUGGAUGCCAUAAUGGCGAAGCACCGCGUCACCAUGCACAAGGUUAAAGUAAGCUCCAGGAAGUACGCCUUCGAACUUCCGGAUAUACCCCGGGAGGCAGAGUACUUGAAACUGCUUUAUGGGUACGAUAACCCGCCUCUUGCGAUGGAUCUCACCGGUGAAACCUUCUCGCAUGUCUUCGGCACAAACACGUCGUUGUUUGAACAGUUUGUCCUAUGGAAGAAUAUCAUGGGGCCCUGCUGGCUCAAGAUCGAUGCCGCAGACUGUGGUUCGAUUCACAACGCCUCCUGGUGCAAGCUUGAGGUUUCGGUCAAGAAGCCUAACUUGAUGUCUGUUCUCGACAACACCGAUAAUCUAGAAGCGCCUCCCCUUACCCUUAUGAGUUUGUCGCUCCGCACAACAUACAAUGCCAAGGAGAACAAGCAAGAGAUAUUGAUGGCUAGUGCCAUGGUCUACGAAAAUUUCUCAUUGACAGACACUACACCUGCCGAGAAAUUGCCCUGCAAAAGCUUCACAAUCAUGCGUCCAAAUGGUGAUGCAUUCCCGACAGGCUUCAAACUGGACGCCGAGAAGCAGAAGGCCAGCAUACUGCUACGAAAGAGUGAGGCUGAGCUUUUGAGUGUCUUGAUGGCCAUGUUCCAGAGACAUGAUCCAGACGUUCUUGUAGGCCAUCGUCUUGACGAUAUCGACUAUAGCGUUUUGUUGAACCGUAUGCGUGAGCGAAAGACUCCGGGCUGGCAUCGCAUUGGCCGAUUACGAAGAAGUGAAUGGCCAAAGAACAUUGGCAAGGGUGGAGGAAGCUUCUUUGUCGAACGCCAGCUGGCCUCGGGACGUCUGCUCUGUGACUUGGCCAACGACUUGGGGAAGUCGCUCAUGACGAAAUGUCAGUCGUGGAGUCUUGAGGAAAUGUGCCAGCUGGUACUUAAUAAGCCCCGACAAGAACUCGACAACGAAGCUGCGUUAAAGACUUGGGCAUCAACUAAGGACGGUUUGAUGAACUACGUGAAGCACUGCCAAGCCGAUGCCUUCUUCAUAGCUGCUAUCUCGAUCAAGGUUCAGAUGCUUCCCUUGACUAAGGUUCUCACUAACCUUGCUGGUAACUCUUGGGCCCGCACCUUAAGUGGAACUCGUGCCGAACGAAAUGAGUACAUUUUGCUUCACGAAUUCCACAAGAACAAGUACAUCUGCCCCGACAAGACCUGGGGCAAGACCAAAGCCAAGAAUGAUGAUGUUGCUGAAGGCGAAGAAGGCGCUGAUGCAAAGAAGAAAGACAAGUACAAAGGUGGUCUGGUUUUCGAACCAGAGAAGGGAUUGUAUGACAAGUUCAUCUUGGUCAUGGACUUCAACAGUUUGUAUCCCAGUAUCAUUCAGGAGUUCAACAUUUGUUUCACGACCGUAGAGAGGUCUGAUAUUUCUGAAGAUGAUGAGAAGGUACCCGAAGUACCAGAUGAGAAGGAAGAUCAAGGUAUCCUUCCUCGAUUGAUUGCAACUCUCGUUUCCCGACGACGAGAGGUCAAGAAGCUCAUGAAGGACAAGAAAGCAACGGCCGACCAAAUAACAACAUGGGACAUCAAACAGCUUGCCCUCAAACUGACUGCCAACUCUAUGUAUGGUUGUCUUGGAUAUACCAAGUCGCGUUUCUAUGCUCGACCGCUUGCCAUGCUCACCACCUACAAAGGCCGAGAAAUUCUUCGUCGAACCAAGGACAUGGCCGAAGAGAAGAUGCUUCGUGUCAUUUAUGGUGACACUGACUCAGUCAUGAUCAACACCAAUGUCGAUAACAUCAAAGACGCUCUUAAGCUUGGCGAGGAGUUCAAACGUGAAGUCAACAACAGCUACAGGCUCCUCGAGAUCGAUAUUGACAACGUCUUCCGACGCAUUCUGUUACACGCAAAGAAGAAGUAUGCUGCUAUCAAUAUGGUCCCAGUUGACGGAAAGUACAUCGAGAAGCUCGAGGUCAAGGGUCUCGACAUGCGACGAAGAGAAUAUUGUGCGCUUUCCAAGGAAACAUCGACAGAACUACUCAAUUUCCUCCUUUCCGGAGAGGAUCCAGAGGUUGUUGUUGAGAAGAUCCAUGAUCAUCUCCGGGAACUUUCGCAGAAGAUGCGUGAGUACGCCAUUCCGACGCGCAAGUACACGAUCUUCACCCAGCUCGGCAAGAAUCCCAAGGAUUAUCCCAAUGGAAACUCAAUGCCGUCGGUCCAAGUAGCAUUGAAGUUGAUGGCGAAGGGAAAGCAUGUCAAGGCCAAGGAUGUCAUGUCCUUCGUUAUUACGGGCGACUCUUCUGGGUCUGCAGAGAAUGCAGCAAAGAACGCAUUCCCUGUUGACGAGUUACUGAAGCCUGGAUCAGAGCUCAAGCCCGACAUCGACUACUACUUGCACAAGCAAAUCUUGCCUCCAGUUGAGCGUCUCUGCGCGCCAAUCUCAGGCACAAACAUCACAAUGCUUGCGGCAUGUCUCGGUCUUGACACAUCCAAGUAUCGUGUUUCCACCCUUUCAAGCUCUGGAGCUGCCCAAGACACCGAGAUCCACCCCCUCGAGAGCCAGAUCCCAGACUCCGUUCGUUUCCAGACUUGCACGCCUCUCCAUCUCAGAUGCCGCGCCUGCGCAACCGUCUUCCCAUUCACUGGCCUUUCAAAUCCCCUUGGCUCAACGAAGACCGUAGACACCGUUUCCCACGACGGCGUCCAGUGCCCCAACAGCGCCUGCGGCCAGAUCCUCCAAACCCUCAGCGUCGUCGCACAAGUCGAGUCAUCGAUAAGACAGUACCUCGCCCGCUACUACUCCGGCUGGCUCUGCUGCGACGAACCGCAAUGCAUGAACCGCACACGCAGCAUCUCCGUCUACGGCCACCGGUGCCUCGGUCCCAAAGGCCUCGCAACAGGAUGUCUCGGGCGCAUGAACUUCGAAGUUAGGGAGAAGGACGUUUGGAACCAGCUCCUAUACCUCCAGAGCCUCUUCGACGUCGAUCGCUCGAACAAGGACCCCGACCUCGUCAAGCUCGAAAGCGAGAAGGCGGAGAAGAGGAAGGUGCUCGCGCAGUUGAACCGCGAGCGUUUUAACACGGUCAAGGAUUGCGUUGGAAGGUGGUUGGAUAAGAAUGGAAGGCAGUGGGUGCAGAUGGAUAGUAUUUUCAGUUUCGCCCUGCAA